CAAGACCUUUAGUAUGUUUGUUAGUUUAUAUACGUGGCCCUGUACUAAACGCUUCUGCCGUAUAGAGCGAAGGUCUCAUAGACAUUUGAUAUAUGCUGUGACCUCAACUGCUCGAGAACGUUGUGUGGCUACAGUAUAUGUAUAGUGUAUUAUGAAGUCCUUGUUACGCCGUCCGAGGGACACGCUGUUCACAGUGAUGGAGGUUUUAGUUGUAGUUUUCUGUUGGGCAUUUGUGAUAGUGGUGUGCAGUGCGCAGACGAAACGUCCAGAGCCAGCCGACUGUCUGGUGUACAGUGAUAGGAGAAAUAUUGGUAAGUUUUGUGUCGGGGAUCCAGACAGGGAAGAGACUCUGUUGCGAUUAGGGGGAUACAAUAUCGUGCCUGUCGAUGUGGACUUCACACACAAGUGUGUUUACUAUGCAGAUAUAUCCACAGUCAACAGCAGUCUUGAGGUCGUGUGUUUGAACCAGACUACCAUGACCUUUUCUCCUCCACGGAUAGUUCGUUCAUCUAACUUCUCUAAACUCGAGGGAAUCGCUUACGACUGGAUAACUGACAAUGUGUAUUGGCUGGAGGCAGGAUUGCGUGAAUUGGGCGUUACUAGCAACGGGCGGCUGACCAAAGUGUUAUAUAAAGGCACCGAGAUUUUCGAUAAACCACGUGCACUUGCUGUACAUCCGGGGCUCGGCCAGUUGUUUUGGACGGAUUGGUCAGACGUGAACCCCCGGAUUGUCCGCGCCUCGAUGAACGGUAACCAGUCAUCUGUAACGAUUCUGGCUGAGGGAAAGGAAAAGUUUGGCUGGGUCAAUGGAAUAGCGCUGGAUAUUCCCGCUAAUAUGGUUUACUGGGCGGACGCACGAAAAGAUAAUAUAGGAUCAAUGGAUAUGGAUGGCAGCAAGCUGAAAACAUUCCCCGCCAAGUCCAAUAGUCACGUUUUCUCCAUAGCCGUCUCAUCGGAGUUUAUUUACUGGGCAGAUUGGAAAGACUACAAAAUCCAUGCUGUUCGGAAGACCAAUGUAGCCAACAUCACUGCUGUGAAGAAAUUCAGGUCGAACCUGAUGGGAAUAGCUCUUUGGACAGAAAAGCCUACAGUUACAGUGGAUUUAUCCUCGGCGACAAAGUGCCCGUAUCUAUGGCUUCUCGGUCACAACAGCACAUCAGGAGGUUCCUACGGUCAGUGUUACUGUCCAGAUGGGUAUAAUGCUACUUACGUUAAUGGUCAACUGGAAUGUGACAAGAUGAACAAGACGACCGAGGCCAGUACAUCUGCACCAGCGGUUACAACCAGCUCUCCCAAUAGCUGCACUGCUGAUCACUUUAGCUGCGGGGACCAGAGAUGUAUACCGCAAAGAUGGCGCUGUGAUGGUGACAAAGACUGCCCGUCCGGUCUGGACGAAAAAGAUUGUGUUGCAUCGACAUGCCAGGUGACUGAGUUUAAAUGUGACAACCUGAAAUGUAUUCCACACCAGUGGGUUUGUGACGGAGCUAAAGAUUGUCAGAAUGGGGAAGAUGAACAGAAAUGUUUCGGAACUUGUAACAAAGACCAAAUUUCCUGUGGGAGUGGAAAAUGUAUUCCUGCCAGAUUUGCUUGCGAUGGUCAAAAGGACUGUGUGGAUGGAUCGGACGAGAAGAACUGCACGGAGUCACGGAAAGGCCUUGAGUGUUUGCCAGGAGAGUUCAAUUGCAGGGAUGAGAUGUGCAUUCCAUCAGUUUGGGUUUGUGACGGAGUGACUGAAUGUGUCAAUGGAGCGGACGAAGCAAACUGUUCUAUGUAUACCACCACCACCAUCUCUACCCCCAUAACAAACUCUCCAAGAACCACGGAGUCCGCUGUUCGCCCCGAAGACUGUCUGCUGUACACCUCAAGGAAUGAACUACACCGUAUUUGCCUAGGUAACCGUACGACAAGUCUCUUAUUGAAAUCCAGAAAGGUGUCUGUAAUGGAUGUUGAUGUGGACUACGCACACCGGUGUAUUUUCUACACUGCCUUCGACUCCAAUACAUACUCAUUGCAGGAAUUCUGUUAUCAACGGUGGCAAAAGUUCACACCGGUUGUUAACAUGAGUGGUACUCCUGACGGGCUGGCGUACGACUGGGCCGGACAGAACAUUUACUGGCUUGAGACAACCCAGAAGUUUCUGAUGGUCACGGACAGGAAUGGGCGCUACCGCGCCACCCUCUACAGCGGCCAUAUAUUCGACGAGCCUAGAGACCUGGUUCUGAAUCCGGAGAAAGGCGAUCUGUUUUGGGCGGACUGGUCUAAUACAAACCCUGCCAUCAUGCAAGCUUCAAUGGCAGGUGAUCCGUCCUCGGUCAGAGCUCUUGUGAAAACAAACCUUGGGUGGCCAAAUGGACUCGCGCUCGAUACAAAGAUAAACCAGUUGUAUUGGACAGACGGCAAGCUGGACAAAAUAAUGAAAUUUGACCUGAAUGCCAACUGGAUGAGAGAAGUGAGGGACUUGUACUCGUUUUCACACCCAUUUGGGAUCGCAGUCUCUGAUGAAUUCAUCUACUGGACUGACUGGCGAAAUGUCUCUGUGUUUGCGGUGAGGAAAGAUGCUCCGAAGACAUCCCCAAUUAUCACCGUAGUACAAACAAAAUAUACACAAAAGAGAGUGGCUAUUAUUCCAAAUAAGACAAAAGCUCCGAGGUGGUGCUCCAAAGUCUGUCCCCACCUCUGUUUAACGAGUUAUAAUGUCACAACACGCGAGCCAGACCACGUGUGUCGCUGUGCUGAUGGGUUUCUUCCCGGCAAGGACAGUUGUGGUCAUCCCGCAUGCUUAAGCAAAUCAACCACGACGCCGAUGACCACUAGUAAGCUUUGUAACGGAGUCCGUAAGAGAGUUCCAAUUUACUUAUGUUAA